AUCAUAAUAAAGCCACUGGCAGUUGGCAGUGGACUUUGGAGGUAUUGUUUGGUAGUGCAGUCCAUGGGCGACCCCACACAUAGCUCUGCUUAGUCAUAUUACUUAGCGCGAGCUUCGAAGCUCGCUCACAAAGAAGGUACGUUUCAGCGCAGCACUCUUUGAGGUGCUCUCACCAUCUCGACACCCAGGUUCUCACCUCCUACCGUUCACAUAUCACUAUACGACUCAUCAUGUCGUCUUCCGUGCCGGUCCACGCGCCGCCGCCGCAGAUGCCAGGCUUUCUGGUGCCUAAUGACGAUGCGAGAGGGCUCAAGGAAGAUGUCGCAGGGCUUCUCGAGCGCGACAGCACACGCUUUCCCGGCGCUCAACCAGUAUCCUUUGGCCGCGAACACCUGGCCGAGCUUCAACAACGCGAAUACUUCAUGUGUGAGAAAACCGACGGACUUAGAGUCCUAUUGUUCUUGCACUGGUACGACAACGGAUCAGGUGUACAGCCACUUACUUUUCUCAUCGAUCGCAAGAACAACUACUACAACGUCGAGCCCGCCAUAAGAAUACCAUACUGGCAAAAUCCAAACGAUCGGGACAAGUUUCUUUUCGGCACAAUACUCGACGGGGAGUUGGUACAUGAUCAGUAUCCGGGAGAGCCGUCGCCUCGCCUCAUAUACUACGUCUUUGAUGCAUUAGCAGUGGACAACCAGAACGUCACAACCAAGGGCAUGGACAAACGUCUAGGCCGUAUGAAGGAGCAUGUCCUGAAACCCUAUAGCAAAUGGCUCGACCAGAACCCCUCCCUCAACGUCCCACAUCUGCAACCGUUCCGCAUGAAAGAGAAACAAAUGCACCAAUCGUAUCAUCUUCAACAUAUCUUCAAUACUAUCCUUCCCAACCUCAAGCACGGCAAUGAUGGUCUGAUCUUCACAUGCAAAGACACACGCUAUCAGUUCGGUACAGAUCAGCACAUCCUGAAAUGGAAGCCUCCACAUGAGAACACCAUAGAUUUCAAGCUACGAUUGGGUGAAUUCCCUCUCAUCGACCCCGAAGAUGGCGAGGACGGUCCUAUCCCAGAUUACGACGCCCUCCCCGUCCCCAUUCAGCUCCUCGUUCAACACAACAACAACGACUACCGGCCCUUCGCCGUACUCGCCCUCACACCCGCCGAAUGGAAUACCCUGAAGUCCCUCAACCAGCGCCUCGACGGUCGAAUCAUCGAAUGCUACCGCUCGCCCGCCGGCCAAUGGAAGUACAAAGCUGAAGCAGAUGGUACACCGCGGUGGCGCGACGACAAGAAGGAUGCGAAUCAUAUCAGUACUGUCAACAGCGUGCUAGCCAGCAUCGAGAAUCCUGUAACAGAGCUGGACUUGCUGGGCCAUGAGCAGAAGAUUAAGGAGGCUGUUUACCGCAUUCAAGGCAGACCAUUACCGACACAAACUGGCGAGGACGAAAGGGAAGCAAAGAAGAGGAAGUUCAGUGAGGCGAAUGGGCAGCACUAGGAUGCUAAUCCCA